AUGGACCGAUUGGACCAACUGGCCUGUUGGUCCUAUGGACCGGUUGGACCAACUGGCCUGUUGGUCCUAUGGACCGGUUGGAUCAACUGGCCUGUUGGUCCUAUGGACCGGUUGGACCAACUGACGUGUUGGUUCUAUGGACCGGUUGGACCAACUUGCCUGUUGGUCCUAUGGACCGGUUGGACCAACUGGCAUGUCGGUCCUAUGGACCGGUUUGACCAACUGGCCUGUUGGUCCUAUGGACCGGCUGGACCAACAGGCCUGUUGGCCGAAUGGACCGGCUGGACCAACAGGCCUGUUGGCCGAAUGGACCGGUUGGACCAACUGGCCUGUUGGCCGAACGGACCGGUUGGACUAACUGGCCUGUUGGUCCUAUGGACCGGUUGGACCAACUGGCCUGUUGGUCCUAUGGACCGGUUGGACCAACUGGCCUGUUGGUCCUAUGGACCGGUUGGACCAUCUGGCAUGUUGGUCCUAUGGACCGGUUGGACCAACUGGCCUGCUGGUCCUAUGGACCGGUUGGACCAACUGGCCUGCUGGUCCUAUGGACCGGUUGGACCAACUGGCCUGUUGGUCCUAUGGACCGGUUGGAGCAACUGGCCUGUUGGUCCUAUGGACCGGUUGGACCAACUAGCAUGUUGUUCCUAUGGACCGGUUGGACCAACUGACCUUUUGGCCGAAUGGACCGGUUGGACCAACUGGCUUGUCGACCGAAUGGACCGGUUGGACCAACUGGCCUGUCGGCCGAAUGGACCGGUUGGACCAACUGGCAUGUUGGUCCUAUGGACCGGUUGGACCAACUGGCCUGUUGGCCGAAUGGACCCGUUGGACAAACUGGCCUGUUGGUCCUAUGGACCGGUUGGACCAACUGGCCUGUUGGUCCUAUGGACCGGUUGGACCAACUGGCCUGUUGGUCCUGUGGACCGGUUGGACCAACUGGCCUGUUGGUCCUGUGGACCGCAUGUUGUUCCUAUGGACCGGUUGGACCAACUGACCUUUUGGCCGAAUGGACCGGUUGGACCAACUGGCCUGUCGACCGAAUGGACCGGUUGGACCAACUGGCCUGUCGGCCGAAUGGACCGGUUGGACCAACUGGCAUGUUGGUCCUAUGGACCGGUUGGACCAACUGGCCUGUUGGCCGAAUGGACCCGUUGGACAAACUGGCCUGUUGGUCCUAUGGACCGGUUGGACCAACUGGCCUGUUGGUCCUAUGGACCGGUUGGACCAACUGGCCUGUUGGUCCUGUGGACCGGUUGGACCAACUGGCCUGUUGGUCCUGUGGACCGGUUGGACCAACUGGCCUGUUGGUCCUAUGGACCGGUUGGACCAACUAGCCUGUUGAUCCUGUGGACCGGUUGGACCAACUGGCCUGUUGGUCCUGUGGACCGGUUGGACCAACUGGCCUGUUGGUCCUAUGGACCGGUUGGACCAACUAGCCUGUUGAUCCUGUGGACCGGUUGGACCAACUGGCCUGUUGGUCCUGUGGACCGGUUGGACCAACUGGCCUGUUGGUCCUAUGGACCGGUUGGACCAACUGGCCUGUUGGUCCUAUGGACCGAUUGGACCAACUGGCCUGUUGGUCCUAUGGACCGGUUGGACCAACUGACCUUUUGGCCGAAUGGACCGGUUGGACCAACUGGCCUGUCGACCGAAUGGACCGGUUGGACCAACUGGCCUGUCGGCCGAAUGGACCGGUUGGACCAACUGGCAUGUUGGUCCUAUGGACCGGUUGGACCAACUGGCCUGUUGGCCGAAUGGACCCGUUGGACAAACUGGCCUGUUGGUCCUAUGGACCGGUUGGACCAACUGGCCUGUUGGUCCUAUGGACCGGUUGGACCAACUGGCCUGUUGGUCCUGUGGACCGGUUGGACCAACUGGCCUGUUGGUCCUGUGGACCGGUUGGACCAACUGGCCUGUUGGUCCUAUGGACCGGUUGGACCAACUAGCCUGUUGAUCCUGUGGACCGGUUGGACCAACUGGCCUGUUGGUCCUGUGGACCGGUUGGACCAACUGGCCUGUUGGUCCUAUGGACCGGUUGGAUCAACUGGCCUGUUGGUCCUAUGGACCGAUUGGACCAACAGGCCUGUUGGUCCUAUGGACCGAUUGAACCAACUGGCCUGUUGGCCGAAUGGACCGGUUGGACCAACUGGCCUGUUGGUCCUAUGGACCGGUGGACCAACUGGCCUGUUGGUCCUAUGGACCGGUUGGACCAACUGGCAUGUUGGUCCUAUGGACCGAUUGAACCAACUGGCCUUUUGGUCCUAUGGACCGGUUGGACCAACUGGCCUGUUGGUCCUAUGGACCGGUUGGACCAACUUGCAUAAUGUUCCAAUGGACCUGUUGGACCAACUGACGUGUUGGUCCUAUGGACCGGUUGGACCAACUGGCCUGUUGGUCCUAUGGACCGGUUGGACCAACUGGCCUGUUGGUCCUAUGGACCGGUUGGACCAACUGGCCUGUUGGUCCUAUGGACCGGUUGGACCAACUGGCCUGUUGGUCCUAUGGACCGGUUGGACCAACUAG